GCAGCUUUGGCGCCAGGUUUGUACGGUGUUGGGGGGAGCUGCCACCAGUACUGCUGAUGCUGGCCAGGUGUGUGGGACCAGCUGUGGCCAGGGAUGCUGGCCAGGUGUGUGAGCCAGCUGUGACAAGACUACUAGCCAGACUUAAAACACAAUGACAAGAAUCUACAGAGUGCCGGUGUAUUUGUUGUUAUGGACGUGUGCUCUUGGCGCCGCAGGGUUCCCGUGGCACGAGCUGCAGCUGGCCCCCGAGCAUGUGGCAUUCUUCUUCAACAGUAACCGGCACCUUGCCGAAGAGUGCCGCAGGAGCUCUUCCUGCCCGUUCAAAAUGCAUCUUGACCGAACCGCUUGCUGGGGAUACGAGGAGGGUUGCACUAGUGAUUACGCAUACAGUCAGCCUUCAUGUCCUGGCGAUUCCAAAGGUUGGGUGCAAACCAAACAUGAACAAAUACAUACAUUUAAGCAGCAAGGAGACUUCGGUUACGUGAAAGAGCAGCGAGAGCAGCUGAAAGUUUACUGCAGACCCGAGGAAGAGGGAGACUCUUCUCUCGAGUGCACCGACCACCUCCAGUUUUGCCGGGGAAAAAAUAUUUAUAUCGAUUUUCGACCUCUGAAACACCGAAAAGAGAUCGUUCAUUAUCAUAUGGACGUGUUGGACACUGGCCAGAUUGGGGGCCAUUGCCGAUUAGAUAAAAAACUUCUAGCAAAAAAUGCCGUCCAAAUUAGCCCCCUGCAGUCAUGGGGACCAGAGAUCCGUCACUUCACUGAGCAAGAGGAGCAAGUGGAGCCGAGGGGAAAAAUGUGUGACCGCUGGGUUGACACACCAACGUUUAUCAUGAAAUUAGAUGCAACUGUGAACAUGUAUCACCACUUCUGUGACUUCUUCAACCUCUACGCCUCCCAACACCUCAACAGUUCUGACGAGUUUGCAUUUUCCCGCAACACUCAGAUCCUGAUUUGGGAGACGCUGCCUUAUCGGUCCAACUUUGGUGUAGCUUUUGAUGCUUUCACGAAGAAUCCCGUGUGGAUCCUCGACAAUGUAUCAGGUGACCGCGUUUGCUUUAAGGAUGUAGUCUUUCCGUUACUCCCUCGGAUGAUCUUCGGGCUCUACUACAAUACUCCAAUUAUAUGGGGAUGUGAGAAAAGUGGUUUAUUUCAUGCAUUUUCUCACCAUCUUCUCCACCGCUUGGGUGUUAAGAAAAGGUCUGUAGGUGAUCAAAAAAUACACGUGACACUCCUCUCCCGGGACACCGAGUUCCGACGCAUACUCAAUGAGGAACAACUUGUCGAGGCUUUGAGAGGUGAUAGAACUUUCAUAUUGCGCAAGGUGAAGUACAGUCACAGGAUGGACUUCCGGCAGCAGCUGCGGCAAGACCAGUGGACAGACAUCUUCAUCGGCAUGCAUGGUGCCGGCCUCACUCAUCUCCUCUUCCUGCCAGACUGGGCUGUCAUUUUUGAACUGUACAACUGUUUUGAUCCAAACUGCUACAAGGACUUGGCUCGGCUGCGAGGGAUCAAGUACAUAACAUGGGAGAACAGCACCCUCCUCAAGCCUCAGGAUGAGGGAACGCAUCCCGAUGGAGGACCACAUGAAAAGUUUACCAAUUAUGAGUUUGACGUGAAAGAGUUUAUGAGGCUGGUGCGGAAAGGGGCAGAACACGUCAAGAACCACCGAGGAUGGCAGAACAUUCAGGAACACUUGAGAAAUACCCAGAAGCACGAGGAGCUAUGAAUGUUUCAAAUUUGCCGGGUGUGAUCUCUAAAUAAAUUUGAAGUUACUGCUUUCCCACAUUAUUGCAAGAGGGCUUGUGGGCCGUGUGCUUGCGUGUCCUCACUGACCUGUGCCUUGUGUAUAUUAUUACCACUUUUCAGUAGCCAUAAUUUGUACAAAUUUGUAAAAUGCAUAAAAGGUACAAAUUUUUUACUAUCUUGAUUUUUGUUUUUUAAUUAUUAAAACAAGUGUUUCAUAAAUUGUUUGUAAUGUUUUAAUGUUGUGUAAGGCUGCAGUGAUGUUGAUGCUGACAGUCAGUCAAUAACCAUACUAUACAGAUGUGCAGAGGUCCCAGAAACAUUUCUACUACUCGGGAAAGAAGGCGGUACAAAAAACUUGCAAUAAUGUGUGGUUCAAGUGGCAGUACCAGAAGACGAAGAACAGAAACAAAGAGGCAUGGAAAUGAUAUAGAAGAUAUAAGAGGCAAAGCACAGAGGCAAACAGUCAGGCAGGAACGAGUAUACUGGAGUCCGGAUGGAAGUGUCUUGAAAAUGACAUAGCAGCAAAAAUAAGACCAACCCAAGCUACUGUACUCACCUAGUUGUACUCUCCUAUUUCUGCUUAUGGGGGUUGAGCUCUGGCAUUUUGGUCUCUUUAGUCUACAUUUGAAACUGUGUAUGGAGUCUGCCUCCACCACAUUACUUCCCGCCUGCAUCACUGUUAAACACACGACUUGAUAAUGGUUCAGGAUGGACUGAAACAUCACCACUUCUUUAAUUUUCAGAUGUAUGGAUUGGGUGUCUAACAUAAGGAGGAAAUCCCUGUUGAAAAUGUUUCUACGAGUUGUGAUGCCCAAGCCACAUGGCGGAAAAUGAAGAGAUGAUGAUGUUUCAGUCUGUCCUGGACCAUUAUCAAGUCAUCAGUUGGUGUACGGGUUUUUUAUAUUCUGAGCAGGGGAUUUCUCUAACCUUUUGGUAGCUUGUCUGGUUAUAAUUUCAUCACAAAUCUUGCAUCUGUCUAUGCUUUAAGCUUUCCAAAAUGUUAUCCUUCAGCAGUUUGAAGCUUGAUGCAGAUAGACUUGUACCGAUCUAAAAUGCAACUUCUUGUGGAUAAGCUUUUACAGGUUUUAAUAGAUAAUGAAUCCUAAUAUAGUACAUACUGUAUAUAAAUGUGAAAGUUAGAUAAUGUACUGUAUUGGUGAAUUUAUACUGGCCUUUUUUUUAACAAGUGUAAAGAUUUAUUAAUGGUAGAGUACGAGCAUUUUGUGAAGCCCUACACUAGGCCCAAGCUCUACACUACACUUGGCUGUACAUUACUGUGAUAAUGGACAUACUUGUGAUGUCAUGAGUUAAGACACGGUGUUUUACAUUGUGUCCAAAGGUUUAGGAAAGACAGUUUUCCCUUGCAAAUACAAUAAUAGCAUUUACAGGUGUGUGUGUGUGCUUUAAGUUGGGUUUGAAAAUAUUUAUAAGCAUUAGUAUUUUUAUAUCAAGAAGCAUAGUAAACCUCAAAACUUUGUGUACCAUUGAUUUUAAAGUUACAGUUUUUCCGAGUUAAAAAACAAAGUAUCUUCUGUUAAAUUUUAAUUGAACAUUCAAGUAAAUAAUUACAAUUUGUGCCUAAUAUAUUGUUUGACAUUUGCUAUAU